ACCCGUCAAUUGUUAUACGAUAGAGCACAUCACAUUCUUAUCUCCUCAUUAUUCAUUAUCCGCCAAAUAGAUAAAACUACCCAAUGUCUUCCUUUCACCACCACACUCCGUUUCCCAACUUCACAACUACCAUGGCUUCAUGUACAACCACACCACCUUCAUCAUCUCUAAUCUUUUCAACACACACAACCUCCUCCAUCAUCAUCAAUUCACAAGACCUCUCUCCUUCAAACCGUUCUUUUCCUCUUUCCACAACCUUCUUUCUCUCCCCACUCGUUUUCAAACCCGCUAACUGUUUUCAUCUAACCUACCAAUCUAGGGUUUCGAAUUCCUUUGUUUCUGCACUUGCUGCUGAUGUCGCGGAAACUGUUGAUGAAGAGGAGAACGAAGGUGGUGAGGAGGAUGAAUCUGAUGUUACUACUAACACUGUUAUUAUCUCCACUAAGCCUAAGACAGGGAAAGCUGCAUUGGCGCUUAAGAGUGAUAGGGUGAGAUCUAAGAGAUUUUUGGAAAUUCAAAAAUUGAGGGAGCUUAAGAAAGAGUACGACUUGAAGACAGCAAUUUCUUUGGUAAAAGAAACAGCUAAAACCAAGUUUGUAGAAACAGUAGAAGCCCAUUUCCGUCUCAACAUUGACCCUAAAUAUAAUGAUCAACAGUUAAGAGCUACAGUAAGUCUUCCAAAGGGAACCGGAAAGCCUAUUAAAGUGGCUGUUCUUACUCAAGGUGAAAGAUUCGAUGAAGCAAAAAAUGCAGGAGCUGAUUUGGUAGGUGGAGAGGACCUGAUAGAACAGAUAAAAGGAGGAUUCAUGGAAUUUGAUAAAUUAAUUGCUUCUCCAGAUAUGAUGCCUAAGGUUGCUAGCCUAGGAAAGAUUCUGGGGCCAAGAGGACUCAUGCCAAAUCCUAAAGCUGGCACUGUAACGGCUAAUAUUCCUCAGGCUAUAGCAGAAUUCAAACAGGGAAAAGUUGAAUACAGGGCAGAUAAAACGGGAAUCGUGCACUUGCCUUUUGGAAAAGCCGAUUUUCCAGAAGAGGAUCUUCUUACUAACUUGCUCUCUGCUAUAAAAUCAGUAGACUCAAACAAACCUUCUGGCGCGAAAGGUGUGUACUGGAAAAGUGCACACAUAUGCUCAGCAAUGGGUCCUUCUGUUAGGUUAAAUAUCAAGGAGAUGCUUGAUUAUAGGCUUCAAUCAGAAUAAAGCACUUGAAUAUGCUUGUUUUGUUUUAGUCAGCUUUCUGGGUCAUAUUUUGUCGAAGAUGUUACAAGGUUCUGUCAAAAAAAAAAUGUUACCAAGGUUACAUAGAGAGAAGAACUUGGGAUAUACUUUGGAUGGUUAUAUCUUUGUUAAAAAAAUUCUACCAAAAGUGUGCACACAACAGUCUUUGACCCAGGAUGAGGAUUUUCCUUGUAUUAUUAUUACUUUGUAACUAACACCUUAGAUCUCGUUAUAUUAUCUUUCUAUGGUAAUAAAUUUUCAUUUUUGCUUUUGAUAA